GGCGGGCAAAGCUGGCAUGAUUCAGGACGGCAGUUCCGAAGAUAGCGGCUCCAAACCAACGGCAACCUUCCACUAAGACACCAUGAAAGCUGUCCUAGGCUUUGUGCUUGUGCUCUGCCACCUGGGCGCCACUCAAGCUUGGAACUGCCAGGAAGCGCCAAGACUGUAUAACGCCCGCCAGAUUGAGGCUAGCCAGGGCAAAGUGUUGGCGAGGGGCAGCUCCAAUCGAGUGUACUUCUUGAGUGGAAAAUCUUGGUACAGACUGGGCUCGGUGUCCCUCAAGCAUGUCUCCAUUGGAUCUGCCGGAAUAUGGGGUGUUGAUUCCGCCAACAGGGUGUACAAAUUCGUAGCGGGCGAGUUUCUUCCAUCUACAGGAACACUGCUGCACCAGGUGGAUGCCGGAGGUAACGGUCAGGUGGUCGGGCUGACACCCACCACCAACACCACCUACUGCCUGAUAAGCACCAGCGCCGCUUCCUACAAGGGAGUGGGCUCUCUCAGCUGGAGAUCUUUAGGACGGGCGAUGAAGCACUACAGCUGCGGCCCCUAUGGAUGCUGGGGGGUGGACUCGAACAACCGCGUCUAUGUGUCCCAGGUGUCACCAACCGCUUGUAGCAGCAGCGCUUGGUCACUGGUAUCGGGAAGGCCGAUGCACAUGAUUGACGUGAGCACUGACGGACGCGUUUUUGGAGUGACGACCACCGGCCUGGUCUACCAAAGGACCCACGUCAGCAGCAGUCGCCCGCAAGGCCUCACCUGGUCCUCUGUUCCGAUGUGCAUGCCUGUCACGUCCCUGACCUACGACCUGGGCCAACUUUGGAUCUUGACUAAAUCUGGUUUGCUUCUGCAGUGCACCCAUUAAUAUCAUCUCCAAAAAAACAUGCACUCAUUUUGGGAAAAGCUCUUUUGAUUUUGCUUGACCAUCAUGUAUUCAACUCUUCUUUCGUUUUCAGUUCCGAUCAACUUUUACGCAACUGACAAUACACACGUGCAAAUUCAAAUAAACGAUUUCCAAGUUGUCCAAUCACAA